AUGGACGCCGCUGCUGCCAAGGGCCACCUAGAAGUCGUCAAGUGGCUGCAUGAAAACCGCACCGAGGGCUGCACGGUCGCUGCGAUGGAUGGAGCCGCUCGCAAUGGCAAGCUGGACAUCAUCAAGUGGCUCCACAUGAAUCGCUCGGAAGGCUGCACCAGCGGAUACAAGUGCACGAGUAAAGCAAUGGAUGGUGCUGCGGCAAAUGGGCACUUAGAGGUUGUCAAAUGGCUUCAUGAAAACAGGGAGGAGGGCUGCUCAAGUCGCGCAAUGGAUGGUGCUGCAUCAGAAGGCCACCUGCCUGUAGUCCAGUGGCUACAUGAAAACACAGCGAAAGGAUAUACAACCGCGGCGAUGGACGGCGCUGCUACGAAUGGACAUCUUGACGUUGUGAAAUGGCUGCACAAUAAUUUGAACGCUGGCUGCACGACGGACGCAAUGGAUGGAGCGGCGACAAAGGGGCGUCUUGAUAUUGUCCAGUGGCUGCAUGAACAUCGCAGUGAAGGGUGCACGGUCGCAGCAAUGGACGGAGCAGCAGAGAAUGGUCACUUGGCGGUUGUCAAAUGGUUGCACCGUAAUCGUGGUGAAGGAUGCACGACGGUGGCGAUGGACAAGGCGACGCUGCACGGCCACUUUCAUGUUGUGCAAUGGCUCCACACUCAUUGCUCGGAAGGACGCACAAGCUCCGCUAUCAACAGUGCGGUCGAUCACAGGAAUUUCGAGCUGUUGCUGUUCCUGUACUCACAAUGCAAACAAGUCUGCACCGCGGAGACCGUGGAAUUGGCAGCUCGCCACAAGGAAACCGGGAUUUACGCCUGGAUUCUCGACCAAUAUCCCUAA